UGCAGAACUCCGCAUUCGUGUCAUCCCCCAAACCUUCACACCUCUCUCUCUCUCUCUCUCUCUCUCUCUGUGGCUAUCUUACACGCUUACACUACCUAAAUUGACAUUGGAUUCUUCUUGGUGUUCUUUGUUACAUAUUCAAUCGGCAUUUCGCCUUCGAUCGAGCCAUGACCGGUAGAGAAUUCCUCCACAAGAUGAAGGAAACUGUCAAGGAGAAAGUUGGGCGUGGUUCAUCUGCUUCUGCAGAUUCAGGUAAAGGGAAGAGCAAGAUGUCGAAGGACAUAACCCAUGGUUAUCACUUGGUGAAGGGCAAGGCUUACCACGAGAUGGAGGAUUACGUCAUUGCCAAAUUCAAGGAAGUUGAUAACAAUGAGGUUGGACUGUUUGCGAUAUUCGACGGCCACUUGAGCCACGUAAUUCCUGACUACUUGUGCGGCCAUCUCUUCGACAACAUCUUGAAAGAGCCCAAUUUCUGGGAAGAGCCUGAGAAAGCAAUCAAGAAAGCUUAUCGUAUAACGGAUACGACGAUACUGGAGAAAGCUGCUGACUUGGGAAAAGGGGGGUCUACCGCUGUGACCGCGAUAUUAAUCAACUGCCAAAAGUUGGUAGUUGCCAAUGUUGGAGACUCUCGGGCUGUUAUUUGCAAGAACGGUGUUGCGAAGCAACUCUCAGUUGAUCAUGAACCAAACAUGGAGAAGGAGGAAAUUGAGAAUAGAGGCGGAUUUGUUUCCAACUUUCCUGGGGAUGUUCCUCGCGUUGAUGGCCAACUGGCCGUGGCAAGGGCAUUCGGUGACAAGAGUAUAAAGAUUCAUUUGAGCUCAGAACCAGAUGUUUCUGUGGAGAUGAUCGAUGAUGAUGCUGACUUUCUUAUCUUAGCUAGUGAUGGACUUUGGAAGGUCAUGUCAAACCAAGAGGCUGUUGAGUCGAUUAAGGACAUAAAAGAUGCCAUGUCUGCAGCAAAGCAUCUUACUGAGGAGGCUGUUGCAAGGAAAAGUGCGGACGACAUCUCAGUCGUCGUCGUGAAACUUCAGUGACCUUGACUUUUGUGGGAGGAGUGGCACUGGAUAGAGAAGGGGACCCUCAUGAUAGAUUUCCACUGCAUCAUCUCUCUCUUAAUGGUUGGCUGAAACAAAAGAGAGUUGCAACAUCUUUUUGUCUGUCUUCCUUUUGGAUAUUAAAUAAAAAUCUUGUCAGAACUCUUUCUUACUUGUUUUUGGGUUUUGGGGCUUUGUUUUUUUUACAGUGGGUGAAACAGUAAAAAAAAAGAGAGUACUAGAAUUAGUGGUUUUGUGAUGGAGACAGGACAAUAAAAAAAGGACACACAAUGUCAUACAAAGUUGUUUACAUAAGAAGAAUAAAUGAUGAUGUCCUUUCAUUGCUAUC